AGUCAGUCUAAGGGGUGUCCAGAAGAUGGCGGGGCUCGGAAGGUUGCCCGUUUUACUGUUCAUCGUUCAUGCUACACUACUUCAUGCUACAGAACAAAAUUCCAGACAGAAACGGCAGAUAGCAGACAGCCAACCUCGCAUAGUCACGCAAGAUGGUCACCUCAUCUUCCAAACCGGAACAAACCACAAUAUAACCUUCAAGAGUUCGGCUGGGGGCGCGGUCACCGUCGACGGGGAGGACUUCAAGGCCGUGGCUAAUGGGGUGCGUGAUAACAAAGCCUCUAUUGACCAGCUGAAGAAUGUCCCAACCUCUAUUCCUGACCAAGUGGCGACGGAGAUCACUCAGAUCAACAACCGUCUGAACAACCUGCAGCCAACAGGAGAGGUCCAGACUCAGCUGACCUCACUCGGGACGCGGUUGACCACUGUGGAGACCAAUGCGCCGCCGAAUGCAGUCACACGUCUGACAUCGGUAGAGGGUCGUUUGAACAACCUGCAGCCUACAGGUGCUGUCCUCACACAGUUCCAAACAAUCACAAAUCGGAUAUCGACCGUUGAAUCAAGGGUCAGGAGGGCAGGUAGGAGAGGCUCAGUGAGAAUAAGAAACCUAAACAGCAACUCACAGUUCAGGAGACUUAAGACAAGGGUUCAGACACUGGAGACGCAGAUGCAAAAUCUUCAAAGAUUACUAACAGCAAAUGAGUGUUCUACAAAUCCCUGUCAUAAUGGAGGCACUUGUGUUGAUCUUUUCAAUGGUUACUACUGCCACUGUCCGACCAACUGGCAGGGGGCCACCUGUGACACGGAUGUUAAUGAAUGUUCUCUGUAUGCUGGAACUGACCUUGGUUGCCAGAAUGGUGGGACAUGCAUCAAUUCACAGGGAAGCUUCAGUUGUCAAUGCCCAGCUAACUGGCAUGGAAUCCGAUGUCGGGAGACACACGAUGACUGCACCGGAGCUUCUCAGUCGGAGCUGUGUGGGCACGGAACAUGUAUCAAUGUGCCGAGAACACAGUCCAACAUGCCCAAGUUCACCUGUAUCUGUGACGAUGGCUGGACCAAGGUCUCCGACUCCAGCCCAGCGUGUACUGUGGAUGUUAAUGAGUGUACGUCCAGCAAUCCACCAUGCUCCCAGGAUCCUCCGGUCCAGUGUACCAAUAUCCCUGGAUCAUUCGUGUGUGGCAGCUGCCCAGCAGGCUACACUGGCAAUGGUGCCACCUGCAUUGAUGUGAACGAAUGUAGUACAAACAACGGGGGUUGCUCCAGGACCCCCCUGGUGGAGUGUAUCAACACACGCGGCUCCCGCAGAUGUGGACCCUGCCCCUCAGGCUACCAGGGUAAUGGUGUGACAUGUAUAUUUGUUGGCGUCUGCGGUGUGAGCAAUGGAGGCUGUUUCCCGUCUGCCACCUGCUCUGAGUCUCCAGGUCUGAGUGGUCGAACUUGCACAUGCCCGUCAGGAUAUGUUGGUAAUGGUGUUGGCUCCAAUGGCUGUGUUAGAUCCGGAUCCACUACUGGAGCCUGCAGUAGUAGCCCAUGUAGGAAUGGUGGAGCUUGUUCAAACUCAGGCAGUUCGUACUCCUGCUCCUGUUUGAAUGGCUACACAGGGAACCAGUGUGAGACGGACAUUAAUGAGUGCACAAGUAAUCCAUGUCGAAACGGAGGCACCUGCAGUAACAAUGUCGGCUCCUUCAGCUGUCAAUGCACCGGCUCAUACACAGGACCAACCUGUGAAACGCCACAGAGCACUUGUGGUGGAGCAUUGCGAGGCACAUCGGGGUCGUUCCAAUUCCCGACCCAGACUGGAACUCAGUAUCCCCAUGGAGCCAACUGUGCCUGGACCAUCACUACCACCCGGGACAAGAUUUUGACCCUGACCUUCACGUCCUUCAACCUGGAAUCUCACAGUACCUGCAACUAUGACUACCUCCAAAUCCAUGACGGACCAACUGCAUCAUCUCAUAUGCUCGGCAAGUGGUGUGGCACUAAUCCACCAGGGGGCGGCACUCUCAACACUACCAGCAACCAGGUGUACCUGUGGUUCUACUCCGAUGCAUCGAUCAGUGGCGAUGGAUUCGCCGUCAGUUGGACAACCAAUGAUCCAGUUUGUGGCGGUGACUUGACAACAUCAUUUGGCACCAUCAACAGCCCUGGGUACCCCGGCAACUACCCCCACAACCGAGACUGCGUAUGGACUGUGGAAGUAGCACCAGCUAAAAGGAUUAUCUUCACAUUCGCUUCUCUUGCCAUUGAAACCCACCCGAACUGUAGCUACGAUUACUUAGAGCUCCGAGACGGGCAGUUGGACUCCUCGACCCUACUGAACCGUUACUGUAGCACAACAAGCCCCGCCCCUGUACAAACAACAGGCAAUGCGGCCUGGGUCAAGUUCCACUCCGAUCAAUCCUUGAGUGACAGCGGCUUCCACAUCACUUAUGCCACCAUUGAUGGUCCCUGUGGAGGAUCCUACACCACUGAUGAAGGAACGAUCCAAUCACCAAACUACCCACAGCCUUAUACCCAUAAUGCACAGUGUGCUUGGUUGAUAACUGUCAACACCGGUGACACCAUAACCUUGACCUUUAAUUCAUUUGACCUUGAAACUGCAAGCUCUUGCCAAUGGGACAAAGUAGAGGUUCGAGAUGGCGUCGAUCAGACGGCCUCCCUGUUGGGGCGAUAUUGUGGCAAUGACUCGCCAGCCCCUGUCAGAUCUACGGGCAACACGAUGUACGUUUACUUCAAGUCAGACUCUUCCAUCAGAGGAGGAGGAUUCCAGGCCUCCUGGACAGUUGCUUGUGGUGGAACCUUCAACGACCCUACAGGAACAAUAAUGUCUCCGUCCUUCCCAAAUGCCUACCCCCACAACAAGGAGUGCAUCUACAUUAUCAACCAACCAACCAACAAUCGUGUCACCUUGACCUUCUCAGCGUUUGCCCUUGAGGGAAAUUCAGCAUCAACAUGCAGCUUUGAUUAUCUCGAGAUCCGUGAUGGCGGCACGUCCUCAGCCCCGCUCUUGUCCCGGUCAUGUGGUUCUCAGUUGCCAGCAGUGCAGUCAUCUAGUCAAAACCAGAUGUGGAUCAAGUUCAAGACAGAUGGCUCUGUGACCAACACUGGUUUCCAAGCAACCUACGCAGCAGAUGAAGGCUGUGGAAGACUUCUGACAGGCACGACUGGACAGUUCCAGAGCCCCGGACACCCGAAUGUGUACCCACAUGGCGCCAACUGCACAUGGAUCAUCUCGGCACCAGCAGGAUUGGUCAUCAGACUUACCUUUAAUACUUUCAGUUUGGAAGCUCAUUCAAGAUGUGCUUUUGAUAGUGUCACAGUUUACGACAACUCUACAAUCAACAGCGGCAGUCAACUUGGAAGGUACUGCGGCUCCACCAUCCCGCCUGUGCAAACUUCCAGCGAUAAUGUGAUGACCGUGGUUUUGAGAUCAGACAGCAGCAUUGCCCAUGAAGGAUUCACGGCCUCAUACACCACUCUCAAUGCUUCAACAUUAUGUGGAGCAGCGCUGACGGGUAUGACCGGCGUCGUGACCAGCCCUAACUACCCCAACAACUAUCCUCAUCAGCGUGAAUGUGAAUGGACAAUCACAGUGCCAUCUGGAAACCAGAUCCUCCUCAACUUCACAGACUUUGCCAUGGAAUACCAUCCCAACUGCAACUUUGACUACGUAGAAAUCAGAAAUGGAGGAUACAGCACAUCCCCUCUGUCUGGCAGAUACUGUGGCUCUUCGACACCUCCCAGCAUUGUGUCUCAUAGCAACCAGAUGUAUAUCAAGUUUAAAUCUGACGCGUCUUUCUCUGCUCGAGGUUUCAUGAUAUCCUACGAUGGAACUGCUACAGGUUGCGGUGCUGAUCUAACCACUCCUACCGGCAGCUUCAUAUCUCCAAACUACCCGAUGCCAUACGGCCAUAAUGCCGAAUGUUUCUGGACUGUGACCACCUCUCUGGGAAGCACAAUUACCUUGACCUUUACAGACUUUGACAUUGAGUCUCACACUACAUGCGGGUUUGACUAUGUCCUGGUCCGUGAUGGGGACUCUGGGGGCAACCAACUGGCCAGGCUCUGCGGCAACACUAUCCCCAGCCCGGUCGUAUCCACCAACAACACAAUCUGGAUUAAAUACAGGACCGAUUUCUCCGUGGCUGGACGUGGCUUCCAGGCUGUUUAUGCCUCAACAUGCAACAACCGACUGACCGCAUUCAGUGGGGUCAUCGAGAGUCCAAACUUCCCAAACCCCUAUCCUCACAGGCGCAACUGUACCUGGAUCAUCGACACCACUCUCGGCAACACCAUCAACGUCUCCUUCUCCAACUUUGACAUCGAAUCACACAGUUCAUGCAAUUAUGACUAUCUUCAGAUCCGCGAUGGCGACUCUCCCUCUGAUGAUCCUAUCGGAACCUAUUGUGGAUCUUCUUUGCCACCAAUGUUUGCCUCAUCUGGAAGCAGUCUCUGGAUCAACUUCUUGUCUGAUUCGUCCGUGGCAAGGAAUGGCUUCCGCCUGCAAUGGAUGACAGAUGGUUGUGGUGGCGAUUUGAUUGGAACAUCAGGCACAUUCUCAAGUCCCAACUUCCCCAAUGCUUACCCCCACCGGCGCCAGUGUGACUGGAGAAUCAGCGUUCCCACAGGAAGUGCUGUCCAGCUCACCAUCUCUCCGUUUGACCUGGAGUCUCACACACAGUGCCGCUUUGAUGUGCUAGAGGUGUAUGGGGGCCCUGAUGAGUCUGCUAAUCGACUGACUCAGCUGUGCCACACUCAAACAACACCCCAGAUCCUCACCUCCACCGGCAACACCAUGUUCGUCAGAUUCAAGAGUGACUCCAGCGUCAGCGGCACGGGCUUCAAUGCUACCUUCACUGCGAUCCCAGGAGGUUGUGGAGGGUUUUUCAGUUCCCGCACUGGCUCAAUUUUCUCCAAGAACUACCCCAAUGCCUAUCCACACAACACCGACUGUCAGUGGCUGAUCCAGCUGGAGGAGAACCGCCCCGUGGAGCUCACAUUUGUAGACUUUGACGUGGAAGGCUCCUCAACAUGUAGUUUUGACUAUGUUACUGUGAAUGAUGGGGACAAUGAUAACUCGACGGAACUACUGAAACACUGUGGUAAUGCCCUCCCUACUCCAGUCACGUACAGAUCCUCCAGCAACCAGAUGUACGUGCGGAUGAGAACAGACUUCUCUGUUUCCGGCAGAGGCUUCAAGGCUAAUUACGUCUCGGCAUGUGGCGGUGUGAAGAACGCCGAGACGGAUGGCGUGCUCACCUCCUCCAACUACCCCAGCAGCUACGACAGGAACAGCAACUGCACAUGGCUGAUCCAGGCCGACCACAACAGUGAUCGUGUGACCUUGACAUUCACACACAUGGACGUUGAAAGUCGAGGCAGUUGUUCCCGUGACUAUGUGAAGGUGCUUGACGGUAACGAUGCCAACUCCCCAGAGCUUGGAACAUAUUGUGGCAACACAGUUCCAAGUCCAAUACAAUCACAAGGAUCGGCCAUGUUUGUGAUUUUCAUGUCAGACGCUUCCAUCCAAGGAACCGGAUUCAGAGCCACAUACACCAAAUCAUCCUCCAGUUGUGGUGGAACGUACACUGCGCAGAGCGGAUCCUUCACCAGUCCCGGCUACCCCAACAGUUACCCCGGCAACACGGAGUGUGUGUGGACCUUUCAGGCCGCACCCGGCAACAGUCUCAUGGUGUCAUUUAGUCAAUUUGCUUUAGUUCGAUCCUCCAACUGUUUCUCUGACUACCUGGAGAUGAGGACUGGAGGCGCCAGUGGGGCUCUGAUCGGUCGCUUCUGUGGAAGCAGUCUCCCUAGCAACAUGACUGCUGCAAAUAGUAUAUGGAUAAAGUUCAGGUCCGACGGCAGUGGAACAUCAACAGGAUUUUUGGCCCAGUAUAACUCUGUGUUUGGAGGAACCAUCACGGGAUUGUCUGGUCAGAUUGCCUCCCCAGGCUAUCCUGGUCAAUACCCCCAUCAGGUGGACUAUGCCUGGACCAUCACCACCACAGUUGGGAUGAGGAUCAGAGUCAACUUUGUCUUCAUUGAUAUAGAAGUGUCAUUCGGGGGAAACUGUUACUAUGACUACAUUAGGUUAAGGGAUGGUGCUUUAGCCUCAAGUCCUGUCCUGGGAAGAUUCUGCUCCUCGUCGCUCCCGUCCUCUGUCCUAACAACAUCCAAUCAACUGCGAGCUGAGUUCCACACAGACUUCUCCUCCAGUGGAAGUGGUUUCCUGUUUAACUGGACUGCGACCAAUGAGAAUCCAACUGCUGGCACCACGCCAGGUCCAACUGGAGUGCCAGGUUGUGGAGGAAAUCUGGUUGCCAUGGAUACCAUUCAGAGUUUUGCCUCUCCUGGAUUCCCCAAUAGCUACACCAACAGAUUGAACUGUAUCUGGAGAAUUACCUCCCCUGUUGGCACUCGCGUUGCUGUCAACAUCACAAGCAUUAAUCUGGAAUCUCAUAGCUCAUGCAACUAUGACUCUGUUAAAGUAUAUGACAACCCGUCUGCCAGUGGCACCCUUCUUGGAAGAUUCUGUGGACGCACACCAAACUCGGAUAUCUUGUAUUCCAGCAGCAACCGAAUUACUAUUCAGUUUAGGACUGACAGCUCUGUGACCAGAACGGGUUUCUCUAUGACGUAUCAAACAGCUUGUGGUGGCGUGUUUGUGGCAACAACAGGCAUGAUCCAGAGUCCCAACUUUCCCAGUCCCUACCCUGCCAACGCCAACUGCUCUUGGACAGUUUCGGUCCUCAAUGGACGUACCAUAUCUGUCAACUUCAACCAGACGUUCAACAUCCCCAGUACAGCCGCCUGUGACACUGACUAUGUGAUGCUCCUGAAUGGACAAUCAGCCACAGCGCCUCCUCUCGGCAACGGAACCAACCGUGGCAACCAGCUCGGCCACUACUGUGGCGCCACUCGCCCAGCAGCCCUGCAGACAUCCAGCAACCGUCUUUUUGUCAACUUUGUGUCCGACAGUUCCGGUAGCGCCAAUGGCUUCCGAUUGAUCUUUUCCGAGGUGGCCAUAACCUGUGGAGGAAGCAUCACCCUCACCAAUGCCGUGAGGAACGGCUACAUCACAUCCCCCAACUACCCUGCCAGUUACCCCCACAACGUGGACUGUGCUUGGAUCUUCACUGCUCCAGCAAAUGAGAGGGUUAUGCUACAUUUCGAGGACCAGUUCAACAUUGAGAAUAAUCCUUCAUGUAGAUAUGACUACAUCGAAGUUCGUGAUGGUGGAGCAGUGACGUCCCCACUGUUGCAGCGAGUCUGUGGCACCACCCUCCCCAGCACCCAGGUCUCCACAGGCAAUGUGAUGUUUGCCCGAUUCCGAACUGACAACAGUGUCACACGUGUUGGCUUCAAGGCUCGAUACGAGAUAGCAACUUGUGGUGGCAGGAUCAAUGGCGCCAAUGGAACCAUCACUAGCCCGAACUAUCCCCAGAAUUAUGACGCAAAUCUGGAUUGUGAAUGGUACAUCUUUGCACCAGAUGGCCACUACAUGACCUUCACCUUUACAUCCUUUAACCUUCAAAGUUCAACCAACUGUGCUUCAGACUCUCUGGUGAUCAGAGAAGUCAAUGAAACUGGAAAUGUACUGUUCAACAACUGUGGCUCAAGGACUGUUUCACCCAUUGACACAUCAGACAGCUUUGCCUAUGUCCGGUUCAAGACUGACUCCACCAUUGCUGCCCAAGGCUUCAGUAUAUUCUUCCAGGCCAGUGUAGAAGUUUGUGGCGGUGACCUCGUUACACCAUCAGGUGUAAUAACGUCACCUAACUACCCAGGACUGUAUGCUCAUAAUCGCGUUUGUGAGUGGAGAAUACAGGUACCGGCAGGCCGAAAGGUGACCUUGACCUUCACAGAUUUCCGACUUGAAGCCUCAAGAACAUGUAGCUGGGAUUACAUUGAGGCUUACAAUGGUAUCCUAUCCAACUCUCCGAGAAUCGGUCGUUACUGUGGUGACACCCAACCUGGCAUUAUCGAGUCGUCAGGAAAUUACAUGCGUAUCAAGUUCCGAACUGAUGGAUCGGUCACUAAUGGCGGCUUCAGGGCAUCCUACACUUCAAACACUGAAGCAGAUUGUGGUGGCAUCAUCAACGGGGCCGGCAACAUCACCUCACCUGGCUACUUUGAGAACGGCAAUUACACCAACAACCUGGAGUGUCUGUGGACCGUCAACAAUCCAGUGAAUGUGAACUCUUCCAUCAAGGUGAUCGUCAGGGACUUGGAACUGGAACAGCAUGUGCAGUGCCGAUUUGACUUCAUCAACAUCAGAGAAGGAACUGGUCAAAACGCUCCGCUCCUGACACAGUUCUGUGGCAACAACACAAUUCCAAGACCCUUUGUCUCUCCAGUGCCCUCCUUAUGGUUGAGAUUCAAGACUGACUAUUCCAUUGUAGGACGAGGCUUUUGGCUGGAUCUUGAAACAACAUCAUGCGGAGGUGUUCUGACGCAGCGCUCUGGUACAAUCACCAGUCCCAACUAUCCAGCUACGUAUAACCAUGGCGACGCCUGUGCCUGGCAGAUCCUGGCUCCAGAAGGCACCAGAAUAAGGGUCCGCUUCGUGUCAGUGAACCUCGAAAGUUCCCCAACUUGUCAGUAUGACUACCUUCAAGUUUUCAAUGGCGGCUACGGCGACUCGCCACUGAUUGGCACCUACUGCACCAGUACACCUCCUGACUUCCUGUCCCAGAGCAACUCGGUCCGACUCGUCUUCCUGACUGAUGCUGCUGUUGGAGGAGGUGGAUUUAAAGUGACGUAUAGUUUUGAAACAAACGGAUGUGGAGGUCUGUUCCAUAGCAACCAAGGGACUUUGAUGAGUCCGAACUACCCUAAUGCAUACCCACACAAUACACAGUGCGAGUGGGACAUUAAUGUGGACAGUGGGUACACUGUUCAGAUGACCUUCCAGUCCUUUGACCUUGAGGCUGGAACCAGAUGUCCAUAUGACUAUGUCCAGAUGAGCGAUGUUCUGACCAAUGGGACACUAAUUUCUGGUCAGCGUUGGUGUAGCACUAUAGUGCCGGACCCAUUUACUUCAAUGACCAACCGUAUGAAGGUCAAGUUUAGGUCAGACUUCAGUGCCAGAGGAGAUGGAUUUGCAGCCAACUGGACAACAUCUUGUGGAGGAACCUUCUUUGGAGACACAGGGAUGUUCACAUCACCCGGGUACCCGUCUACGUACCCAAACAACAUCCUGUGCAACUACACCAUUGUUGGAGAUCCAGGGAAAUACCUCUCUCUCACAUUUGACAGCUCUCUCUUCCGACUUGAAGGACCAACAUCUUGUCGGUACGACUCUGUUACUGUCUACUCUGGCAAUGACACCAGUGGUAAUCGUCUCGGACGUUUCUGUGGCACCACAGCUCCUCAAACUAUCACAGCUCUGGGAGGAAUGUACCUUCAGUUCGUCACUGAUGGGAGUAUAGUUUACGAAGGCUUUAAAGUUAAUUAUGUUGCUGAAGAAUGUGGUGGUAUUUUCAACAAUGCGUACGGUACCUUCAGCACCCUGGCCCACCCCAACAACUACCUCAACAACCACAACUGCACUUGGAUCAUCAACGUGGCCGCAAACAGGAUUGUGGAGCUGAAAUUUACAAGAUUUGAGCUGGAGGCUCAUUCACGGUGCAGGUUUGAUUAUGUAGAAGUACGAGACGGUAACAGCUCCAGCUCUCCUCUCAUUGGUCGAUACUGUGGCACCACCUCACCAAAUUUCAUUCGAUCAACUGGUCGCCAGAUGUUUGUUAAUUUCAUCACAGAUUCAUCUGUUACAAGAGAUGGUUUCUCUGCCGCCUACAGACAGACAUUUGGUGUUCAACAGGGAUGUGGAGGUUUCCUCAACAACACCGCUGGUGGAACCGUCACCUCUGUGGACAUUGACAACAACGGCCUGUAUGAGAAUGACCUGAACUGUGCUUGGACCAUCAUGAUGCCAGACAACAAACUGGCUACUUUCAACAUCACCAGGAUGGACAUAGAGACAGGCUCCGCUUGUAGUUAUGACGCUCUUAAGAUAUAUGAUGGAAUCAGCACCCAAGACCCGCUGAUUGGAACAUACUGUGGCAGCGCCCCUCCCCCAAUCAUCAAAGGUUUAUCCAAUGCCCUCUAUGUUACGUUCACGACAGACAGUAGCGUAACACGUCCUGGCUUCACUGCCACCUACGGACAAGAAAACGCAUUGUGUGGUGGCGCCUUGACAGCAACAAACUCGCCCCAGACUAUCAUGUCGCCCAACUAUCCAAAUUCUGCUGGCCAGGCCGUCAGAUGUCGCUGGGUCAUCGACUCCUCAUCCAGUAACAAGCAAGUGCGACUUCAGCUCAAUGGUAUCAGCCUCGUACAGGAUUCCAGCUGUUCCCAGGAAUACAUUGAAUUCAGAGAUGUACCAGUGGCCCCAAGUGGUAGGAAUGUACAUUAUUGUGGAUCAGCUGUCCCUGCCACAUUUGACUCCGCUGGGCAGGUUGUACAAGUGAACUAUGUCAUCCCGGAUGGAUCACGCAGUCGUGGAUUCAGUCUGACCUAUCAGAUUGCCUCAUGUGACAGAAACGUGACAGGAUCCAGUGGCCGUAUUGUUAGCCCCGGAUGGCCCGGGAACUAUCCCCGCAAUGCUAACUGUGACAUACAACUCACCACCCCUCCAGGCACAACAAUAGCUCUCUACUUCACAUCCAUGAACAUAGAGUUCCACACAAGAUGUGUAUUUGACUACCUGGAGCUCCAUAACGGGACAAGUCUCAGUGACCCCCAAGUGUCCCGGCUCUGUGGCCAAGUCACCCCUGAUCCAGUCUUUAUCAAUGGCAACCAGGUGUACAUGAACUUCAAGACAGAUUCCUCGGUCAACCAUCCUGGAUACGACAUAUCAUACACAUCCACUACAGAAGGUUUGGGAUGUGGUGGCAACAUUACCGGCAUCAAUGGCAGUCUCACCAGUCCACAAUUCCCUGGCAACUUCUCCGAUGUUAAGACGUGUCGCUGGCUCAUCCAAGUCCCUUCAAGGCGAACUCUGACCUUGACUUUUGCGACCUUGAGCGUCCAAGGAGAGGCUCGCUGUACAGAAAACUAUGUCGCAGUGUAUGAUGGGGACAGUGAGGGAACACAAAUAUUUGGACGAUACUGCAAUACUGUACCAGCACCUCUCACAGCUUCAGGAACAACCGCCUACAUCAAAUUUGUAUCAACAGGAAGUGCUCCAGCACCUACAUUCCGACUCCUGUUCUCCAGUUAAAUACCAACCAGAUUUGAUUAUUUAUUAUUCUUAACUCAGAAUAUUUUGGACUUUUUAUGUAUAUAGAUGUCCUUUUUGUGACAAUUACAAAACUAGAAACUAGUAAUAUUGGUAUUGUGAUAAAGACAAGUUUAGUUCAUUGCUGCAUGGAGAGCAAAUAAUUCCAACAUGUAUUAUAAAUUGUCUAAAUGAUGUGUUUUUAUGGGAAGUCGUAAUGUAUAUAUAUAUAUAUAUAUGGGUAUAGGUAAAUCGUUAUAUUCAUAGGUAUACUAACUAAAACAAUUUUGACUACAAUGAAUUUUAGGAUUUUUUGUAAUUAACAUGAUUAAGGUCUCCACUGGCAAGAGCUUGCGUAUAGUUAGGCUUGAAAAACAAUAAAAGAAUUGGUUCUCAGGCAAUGACUUUUGAAAAAAUAGUGGGGCAGGUGGUGCUUUUUUUUGCCUUGUUCAAAUCAGUUUGUAACGAAAUAAACAGUUGUGUACCAUCAACCUGGGAAAGGGCCUCCAUACAUAAACAAGCAUACAAACUCCUAUUGCCGCCAUGACCAUAACACAAGAUGCAUAGUAAAGCAGUGUGCAUGUAAAGGGAAGUAACUGCAUGCUAUAUUGGAUCGUAUUGUUUUUAAGGUGUCCUCUCAAAACGCCUACCGGUACAUGCCGAAACACCUACAGCUUAUAACAACAAAGUUCAGAGUUGAAUGCACACCUAAUCCCCUGCCUGUUACCUUUGUCAUUUUAAUGGAAUAACCCCAAGAAUAUUUAUAUACAUUUUAUUUUAUUAAUCAUUCAGAUGAUAAUCACAAUAAUCUAAUUAGUUUAGAACUUAUCAGUCAGAUGAUAAUCACAAUAAGUCACUAGCCAAGUUUCUAAAGAUGACAAACAGCAUCCAAGUAUUGGAUGGGUGUUUUUAAUCCUUGGGCCAAAUGUUCUUUUAAGUGGUACAAGCGAUUCUCUACCUAAGUAUAAAGAUUUUUUUGUUUUGAAAAUGGAAGUAAAAACGGAAUGUGCUGCAGACUAUGAUGAUGCGGUACCUGAGAACCAAGACUAUUCUUUUUUAAGCCUUAUCAAGAUCUGCAAGUUGUGGAGUCAUGUAAUUAUUUUCUGUUGUUUCAAUAUCUUCUUUUGAGGUGAAUAUUUUUGUAAAACUUUUGCUUAAAGAUUGUGUAUAUAUAGUAUGUUUGUGGUUGAAAUUGUAUGUUUCAUACAUUUUGCAGGAUGUGUUUCAAAUUAUUCUAUGUUUUUAUUUUCCACAUAUCAUUGUAUGUAUCACCUGUGUAAAAUCAAUAAAUGAGGAGCUCCAA